CGAGAACCUACAGUUCCAAGCGGAUCGCUUACAGAGACAAGGGAGGCAGCUAAGAAGGAAGAUGUGGAUACAAAGCCCGCAGAUGAUGGUGAGAGGUUGUUGCUUUCGGAGGUUUCAAAUGUUCGUCAUGAUGUUUGGUUUCCUUAUGCAUGCUCGCAUUGCACCUCUCCGAACCUGUAA